AUGUUGAGUCCUAUACAGUCCGCACCCGCACCCACACCCAACGCGCACGACCUCGCAACGUCUGGCAUGGCAUCGCGGAGGGGCCAGCCCAAAAGGAAGGCCACGGAAAACGCAGAUCACUUCGGCGUCCGACUCCAUACAGCGGCCGCGCUCAACACGACCAAUGAAGGUAUCAGCAACUCCAUCAGCGGAGAACAAGAGGACAAUGGAGACUGGGCGGGUAUGACCGCGGAACAUGACCACGAUCUACAAGAUGAGACCCCUGCAGACGCCAACACUGAUAUUAAUGUCGUCAACGUAUGGUCCACAGCCUGUGCUAUACCCAAGCUCAAGAUAGGUGCAUGGGUUAUGAACAUUUCCGAAAUGGAAGAAUGGCAACCGCUCGGCGAUGUUGCGUCGGGUAACAGUAUCGCUGCAAGAUUCUUGACAGACUUCACUUCCGACCAAGCCAAGCAUGCGGCAUAUGCAGGGGUGGCUAGGAACGCAGCACUUUAUAUCGCCGGGGGCAAAUGCAUCAACAUUCUCGUCUUGCAGAAUGGCUGUGGUCGAAUGGCUUUUGAGAACGCUCGUGCAAACACGCAUAGGGCUUGCGACACUUGCAUUCGCACCCGGCGCCUUUGCGUACGAGUCGUACAUUGUCGCUUGGGUACAAAGCUCUGCGUCUAUCCGCUACCUGAAGCCUGUCGUGAGAGCAAGGCGCUGGGUUCCAUCGCUGCCUGGGUCAUUGGAGGAUGA